UGUUUGAAAAUAAGCGCGAAAAUAGAUUAAAACUAGGAGAGAAUUUGAACCAAUCACAACUUUUUGUUGUAGUCAUAUGACUAGGUUCCAGUCACGAUUGUUUCUGAAAUCAACAUCGCCGUAAUUUGACAGAGGGUCAGUCCUUACCUUGUCUUCAAAAAUAGCGAGUUAGAUUUAAUAUGGAGGGCAACGAGAAGAAGUCCUAUUGAACAGAAUGUAAUGGCUAGAGUUUUGUUUUGCUGUGCAUGAUGGCUAAGGGUUCAUCUUUUCGACAUCGGGAGAAAAAGAAAUCUUCCUCGUCGACCUAUUUCAAAGAAUCAAAUUUUGAUAAUUCGUCUACAACUUUGAAUGAUGACCUAUCGUCGACACUUGGGAAAACCAGCCAAAUUCUACACAAUCAGUGGCUUUGGGGAUGUUUUAUUUUUACUGUUCUGUUGCUGAUUGGAAUAGUCUCGUUGUGUUUUGAUAGCAAUAGUAAAUUCUUCUCGCGAACUUGGAGUUCCAUCAUGGCGGGCUCAUCUGGAACUUUAAAGCAACAUGCGGAACUUCCGUGUUCCGUUGGGAACGACUUUACCAUCGAUCACCGUUCAAAUCUAACUCUAGUGGAGUUUAUUCGUUGUUAUGACGCAAGAAGACCAGUUGUGAUAACUGAUGUAUUGCAAAACUGGAAAGCAAUGAACUGGACAAAAUCAUUCCUUGUGAGCAGCUAUGGAGACAAAAGAGUGUCAAUGAAAGGCACUGAGGGUCCUCUGAACAAAGCCCAGGGAUUUGCAGUUCCCCUGAAGAAUUUUGCUGAACAUGUACAUGAAGGCCAACCUGAGCUGUGGACUUACUUGGAAGAUGAACUGUUUAUUGAGAUGAAUCCAGAACUGAGAGAAGACCUGGGUCAGCCAGUGUACUUGAAAGAAGACUUCUUCCAGUUGUUACCUAAAGAGAUUCGGCCAUGGAAUGCUAUGCUUCUUUGGGGUACAGCCUACUCAAGGUCAUCUCUUCACAUAGAUCCUUACAACUGGACUGGUACAAAUGCUGUCUUGAGAGGAAAGAAAAUGUGGAAGCUUUUUCCUCCAGGCCAAGAUGACUUAUUAUAUGUCAGAAAUCAGCGAUGUGGGUUUCCUCUGGACUGUUGGAAAUACAACAGCCCAAUAGAUGCUUUUAAACCUGACUACCAACAAUAUCCAAAGUUCCAGAGAGCAAAAGCUAUUUCUUUUACUCAGGAGGCUGGAGAAUUGUUAAUAAUUCCAACUGGCUGGUUUCAUCAGGCAUAUAACCUUGUUGAAACUAUGGCCAUUAGCAGCCAGGUUAUGAAUUCCCAAAAUUACAAAUUAGUGCUAGAGGAGAUUUACAAAGCUGGAGAAAUAGAUGCACGGAAAUUACCGAGAAAUUUCGAGAAUUUAUCUGCGCUAAAACAGGUUGAAGCAGUCGUGAAGACUAUUCCUAAGGACGUAAUGGAAAAAGGGAAGAGAGUAACAGAUAACAUUCUGGAUCAACUAAAAUGGAAAGGGAAGACAAAACAACGCAAUAAAUGAACGCUAUUUGUAAAUUUUUUUUAGGAAAAUGCCCUGCCCUAAGAACAUGGAAAUAAUUGCACGUAAGGCUCACCUCACUGAUGUGUCGCCAAGCCACGCGAAAUCAUGUGAUUGCGCCAAUUACGUGGCGGUCCCUCGGGGUUUCGAGAUGGCUUUGAUAUUGGCCGGUGAAAGUCGGAAAAUCAAACAGUCUUUUGUCGGAACUUUCUGAAAAGCUUAGCAGAUUGCUUUCCGCUUUUUGCAUGUGGUUAUUCUUGGAUCUGCACAUUUUUGAAGAACAAAUUUGUAAAUAGAAAAUUUUUUAGGAUUACUACAAGUAUACGGUGAUAAGCAGGAAAAUCAACGUUAUAAUUAAGGUAACAAAGGGGUCAGAAAUAUUAGAGUAAGCGUAACUGUAUAACUAA